AGAGCAGUAGCGCUUCAGAGCUACUCCAAGUACGAGAGUGGAAAAUGUGGCACCCAGCAUCUGUGGCAGUCUUAAUCUGCGGAGUCCUGUCCAACUGUGCAGCCCAAUCAACUCAGGACGUCAUUCUUACCAGUACGGGUCAAGUACAAGGCAUCGCGCUCUCAACCACGACAGGACGAGUGCGCGCAUUUUUAGGAAUACCGUACGCUGAACCUCCAACGGGAGACCUUCGGUUCCAAAAGCCUACGCCGAAGCGACAAUGGGAAGGCAUCCUGAAUGCCACAUCGCUCCCUGCUCUGUGCUCCCAGCCCGUCGCACAAAUCAGCAAGUUUCUUAACAUCAAAGCAACGGACAAAAUAUCCGAAGACUGCCUGUACCUUAACGUGUUUACUCCCAUGACCAAUGAUACUUUGAAACCCGUCAUUGUAUCCAUCCACGGUGGGGGAUUUUCUUCGGGGGGAAUUUCUCUGGAGGCAUCAGACUCCUCCGAGUUAUCCGUACGUGGUGACCUGGUCACAGUCGCCAUCGCGUACAGACUCGGAGCUUUUGGGUUUCUUCACCUGGACAUUGAAGACGCCCCCGGUAAUAUGGGGCUGUACGAUCAGGUCAUGGCUUUGCGCUGGGUGAAAGAAAAUAUCCAGUCUUUCGGUGGUGACCCAGACAAGAUAACUCUGAUGGGACCCAGCGCAGGCUCUGUCGCAGUGGGUGUCCACAUCUUGUCUCCGUUGAGCAGAGGACUUUUUCACCGCGCCAUUAUGCAAAGCGGGAGUCCCUUCUCAAGAGCGGUCCGCAGCACAAAAGACCAGGCGAGUCUACGGUCAAGCAAGCUGGCAACGGCUCUAGGCUGUGAGACGUCAGACACUGCUGAGAAAUCGUUACGAGGGAAGGAGAUCAUAGAGUGCCUCCGUUCUAAGGACGUGGCAUCAAUCCUCGUCGCCACCAAGAAUUUCAGCGGCGGCGGCGUCGACGCCUUCUUCCCCGUUUUCGGGGACGAGCUCGUACCCGAAGAACCGGAGGAGGCGUUAAGAAAAGGGCACUUAAACAGUGUCGAUCUUCUUGGUGGAGUCACAGAAGCUGAAGGAGAUUUCCUGAUGUACUACAUAUUUAAUCCCAUUCGCAAUCUUUCUAGCGCUGAAGGUUAA